AAUUCCAUUUUCGGUCGCUGAAGCUGACGCUGUUGAAUUCUGCGCUUUAAUUCGCGAAAUGGGAUGGACUGCUUAUCUUCUUUAUGUAUCCGUCUCUAAUCGGCUUAUGCUAAUCGAUUCAGAUUAGAUAGCUAUUUGUGAAUCUUUGCUGGAAGGAUGAAGAGCAUUAGGGAUUGGAUUUUUCCUCAAUUGGUUUCCAAGUCAUUAGUCUCAUCUAGACCACUGUCAGGCAGUGACAGUUUUUUUAAUGAGGAACUUCUGGAUGAAGAAUUUGAUGACCAAGGUUCAGCUCGUACUGCCAGUUUGGUAGCACUUCCCGAUGCAUCACACAUUUCCAAUAAUAAUCAGGAUAAUCAGCAUAAUCCUUCCCUGCAGCAGGUUUCUGUUGAAGAUUCCUAUGGCUUCCUUCAUAGAUCUGAUAAGAGAGAUAUGGAUCAAUUGGCAAAGAUUGAGGAUCUCUACGUUAAGAUCUUCCGCCUUCUCCAACGGCUUGGGCAGUCACAGGACAAUCUUCUGGUUGCAAAGGUUUUAUAUCGAAUAAACCUAGCAACCUUAAUACGAGCAGGGGAAUUGGACUUGAAAAGAGUUAACCUUGUAAGCAAUAGAGCCAAAACAGUAGCUGCAGAACAGGAGGCAGCUGGCUUACCUGAAUUGGACUUCUCAUUUAGAAUACUUGUACUAGGGAAAACAGGGGUUGGCAAAAGUGCUACCAUAAAUUCUAUAUAUGAUCAAGUGAAAACCAUGACUGAUGCAUUUCAACCAGCCACUGACCGCAUCCAAGAGGUUGUGGGAAUGGUAAAUGGGAUUAAAAUUACUGUAAUUGAUACCCCUGGCCUCUUACCUUAUUCUUCCAGUAAUGUGAGAAGAAAUAAGAAGAUUCUACUAUCUGUGAAAAGAUUUAUUAAAAAAUCUCCCCCGGAUAUUGUUUUGUACUUUGAACGCCUUGAUGUCAUCAAUAUGAGCUAUAGCAAUUUCCCUCUUUUGAAGCUUAUAACUGAAGUUUUUGGUACUGCAAUUUGGUUCAACACUAUCCUUGUAAUGACCCACUCUUCUUCAGCUCUUCCUGAAGGACCUAAUGGUUACCCUGUCCGCUAUGAGUCCUACGUGACCCAGUGUACAAAUUUGGUGCAGCACCAUAUACACCAGGCUGCUUCCGACUCAGGACUUGAAAUCCCUGUACUUUUGGUUGAGAACCAUCCCCAAUGUAAGAAAGAUGUAACAGGGGAAAAAGUACUUCCAAAUGGGCAGGUUUGGAAAUCUCAGUGCUUGUUAUUAUGCGUUUGUACUAAAGUUCUGGGUGAUGUCAACAAACUAUUGAAUUUUCAAGACAGCAUUGAACUGGGACCAGUACCUACCAUCCGCCUGCCUUCUCUGCCCCACCUGCUCUCAUCUCUUCUGCGGCGUCGCUCUAUAUCAAGUUCAAAUGGAAUGGAUGAUGAGAUCGGUGAGAGUUUACUUUUAGACAUAGAGGAAGAAGAUGAGUAUGAUCAAUUACCUCCAAUCCGAAUCCUGACAAAAUCUCAGUUUGAGAGAUUGACAAACUCACAGAGAAAAGACUAUCUUGAUGAGCUGGAUUACCGGGAAAUUCUUUAUCUGAAGAAACAGUUGAAGGAAGAGUUCAAGAAGCGGAUGGAGAAUAGGCUUUCCAAGGAGGAAAAUUUGGCAAAUGACAAUAAUUAUGGCCAGCAGGUGCCCCCAGAGACAAUUAUGUUACCAGAUAUGGCAGUUCCCCCAAGUUUUGACUCUGAUUGCCCUGUGCAUAGGUACCGUUGUGUUGUCACAGGUGACCAGUGGCUUGUAAGACCUGUUCUUGACCCGCAAGGAAUGGAUCAUGAUGUCGGCUUUGAUGGAAUAAACCUUGAAACGGCUGUGGAAAUAAACAGGAAUGUCCUUGCCUCAGUCACAGGGCAGGUGAGUAAGGACAAGCAGAAUUUCAAUAUCCAGAUGGAGUCCGCUGCUGCUUUCGCAGAUCCCAGAGGGCCAACUUAUUGUGUUGGUCUUGAUGUUCAAUCUUCUGGUAGGGAUAUGAUCUAUACAGUUCAUAGCAACACAAAGCUGAGGAGCCUAAAGCAUAACACUGCUGACUGCGGACUUUCUUUCACGACUUUUGAAAAGAAGUAUUGUGUUGGUGCCAAGAUUGAAGAUACCAUUGCAGUUGGGAAGAGAUUGAAGUUUGUGGUUAAUGCUGGGCGAAUGUGGAGUCCUGCACUAGUGGCUCAUGGUGGGAGUUUUGAAGCUACUUUAAGAGGGAGUGAAUACCCAGCGAGAAAUGAUAAUGUCAGUCUGACAAUGACAAUCCUCUCCUUCAACAAGGAAAUGGUUUUGGGUGCAGGUUUACGGUCUGAAUUCCAGCUGAGUAGAAGCUUGAGAGUUUCAUUUAACGCCGAUCUAAAUAGUCGUAAAAUGGGACAGGUUUGCAUAAAAACAAGUAGCUCUGAGCAUUUGCAGAUUGCUUUGGUUGCGGCUUUCACAAUGUUCAGGGCUAUAGUACGGAGAAUGGCAAAUGAAAGUAGCAUGGAAGCAUUGGAGGGUGGAUAAAUUGUCGUUGGGGUUUCAGUGCUGGAUUUUUUUGGUCCGGAGAGGAUUAUGUAGUGGAAAAGCAAUCCACAUCAACUGAGAUAUGGACCUUUUGCAAAUAAGGAUGAUGAGACAAACAUUUGAGUUUUCAAAUAGAUCAUUCGCUAUAUUUUUGUUGUUUACGAUGUCCACUUUGGAAGGAUGGCAAGUCAUCCCUAUCUUUGCCAUUAAACAAGGAUCUGAAGUUCAUGUCACUGCGAGUAUCCACUCAAGCUGACAGCUUUGGCCACAGAGGUUUGCAUUCAACUAAAUUGAGGCGAUAACUGUACAGAAAAGCAUAGAGAAUCUGUUUUUAUUUUUCUUGUUUCUGGUGAAUUGUAGAAGUCGUCCAAAUAGGAGGUGCCAAUGAAUAAUUCCUUACAUUUGAAGAUUUUUGGAUUCUGUUUUAGCUCUCUUAUGUUUUGUUAUUGGCCAAUUAUUAGA